AUGCUCCGCCGUCUCUCUUCCUCUGUUGGUGCCCGGCCCAUGCUGCGGGGGGCCCGCUCCUACUUCUACCCCUGCCCCGGCGAGACGGGCAUCAGCGGCGAGACGAUGAAGACACUCCUCAAACUGACGGUCACCGCCAUCACAAUUGAGAGCAUCGGCAUGUGGUACAUCAUGUUCACCCGCUACAGCACCCGCUUCCAGUACGUCGAGGACAGCACAGACCUCUGGGAGGACGACGGCACCGUCAUGGAGGGCGAGGAGGCAGUCGCCAACCUGCGUCUCCAGCGUGAGCGCAUUAUGCCGUUUAUGAAUGAUAUUAAGGAGAAGUUGGAGGCAGCGGGAGUGGACGCAGAGGCAGCAUAA